CUGUUUUCUCGGCAACAAACACGCAGCAUGUAACCCAGCCAACCCCACCCAGUGAGCCCAGCAGGCAGGCCGGCAGGACGGGGACCAUCCCGGGAGCUUCACUGGCGGACAGGUGCAGCGGACACACCUGAAGCAGGACAAUAAAAAUGGACGUACUGCACCUUUAACUGAAAGAGGCUGAAGAGUCGACAUGUGGGAGAAAACUGCUGCUCUGCUGUGUGUGCUGCUGCAGGCCGCAGCUGCAGUGGCGUCUCCGUGCUGGCAGGGGGCGACCUUGUCGGAGGCGGUGGUGUCCCCGGCGGUGCGGAGCAGCGGGAUCCUGCGGGUGCCCGGCAUGGCGUCGCUGGCGCAGUGUGUGGCGGCGUGCUGCGACCUGCCGGGCUGCGACCUGGCCUGGCUGUUCGAGGGCCGCUGCUACGUGCUCAGCUGCCGCCAGAGGCAGAACUGCCGGCCCACCGAGCGGCCCGGCGCCGACUCCUACCUGGCCUUCCUGCGGCGAGGCCCCGCCCAGACGCUGGUGCUGCAGUCGCUGGUGCGCGGCGAGCCGUACGGCGGCCGCUGGAGGCUCCCCGCCCUGCCCUCCGAGGCGCCCGGGGACGUGGAGGCGCUGAAGGACCUGGCGCUGCUCGACGGGGCCGGGCGGGACUUCUACGAGCCGGGCGCGUUGGACCUGGAGUAUCCAGAGGGAGGCAGCCCGGAGGAGAGGGAGGGGGGUGGAGCAGGAGGAGGCCUGGAGGCGGAGCUGUUUCCUGAUUGGCCGCAUUUGGAGGGCAGAGACGGACUCAACCAAUCAGAGAGUGAGGACGGCCCAACGAGACAGGCGGGGCCGGCGGAGAGCGGCGCCUCGUCAGGGCCGAACCUGAGCCGAGGAGCCGCGAGGCCGACUGGAGCUCCGACUGAAGUGCAGACCGGCUCUGUUUCCACGCCGCUCACACUGUCGCCACAGAAACCGUCAGCGGCGCCUGACUCCACCCAUCAAACCCAAACAAGGACUUCCUUUCCCACCACUGCCCCGCCCCCGCUGCCCAGCCCCACCCCGCCCACAGCCCCGCCCACCCAGCCAGUUCAGCCCCUGACAGCUUCCCUCGGAGACCCUGUAGAACCAGCGCUGCCCACAGAUACAGCUGAGCAGGAGGCUUCAGUCCCUCCUGCACCGCCAACUGUUGUAGCGGUGAGCUCUCUGCAGCCCCCCCGCCCCUCCCAGCCGUCGUCAGUCGGGGUCGUGACCCCCCCGCCCCGCCGGGACGUCCUGAACAGCAGCCGGCGAGGCCUCAGCUGUCGCUGGGAGCAGCUGAGUGGACCGCCGGUCAGCCUGCAGGACUCGGCCGACCUCCUCGCUCUGAACCUGUCCCACCUGGACACGGGACAGUACACGUUCAGACUGACGGUGUCUGCCGCCGGCUCCUCCCAGGCCUCCUCGCUCACCGCCCCCCCCACCCCCGCCGUGGUGACCUCUGACCCCACCACCAUCCCUCCUCCCCCCACGACCCCCCCUCCCCCUGCUCCCCCCACCACUGCCAAGUCAGCGGGACGUCCUGCUCCCCCUCCUCCCCCCGUGGCGCACGCCAGCGGCAGCCACAGCCUCACGCUGCCCAACAACUCGCUGGUCCUCCGCGGCUCCGUUACCGACGGCGACCAGAGCGACGUUCACUUCCUGUGGGUCCGAGACAGCCAGAGCCCAGCGGCCGGGGACGUCCUGUACGGCUCAGACAGCCAGGCCUCGCUGUACCUGGCCAACCUGGUCGAGGGCACCUACCUGUUCCAGCUGAGGGUGACCGACGCCCAGGGGCGCUCCAGUGUCGCCACGGCUACCGUGGAGGUCCGACCAGAGCCGGGCGGAGGUGACGAGGUGGAGCUGGAGCUGCUGGUGUCGCUGUCCCAGGUCAGUCUGGCUCAGAGGGACACGCUGCUGCGACAGCUCGCCGCCCUGCUGCACGUCAUGGACAGCGACAUCCAGCUGAGGGCGCUGCAGGGACACUCCCAGCUCAGCACGGUGCUGAGGUUCUCGGUGCGCGGCCCUGACGGGACGCUCUCGGGCUCCAGGCUGGUGUCCGUGCUGAGGAGCCAGCUGCUCCGGGACAAAACCGACUACCUGCUGUUCAGGGCGCUGAGGGUGGACACGGCCCUGUGUCUGCUGCGCUGCUCGGGGCGUGGCCAGUGUGAUCCAAUCACCAAGGAGUGUGUCUGCGACCCCUUCUGGACGGAGAACCUGAUUCGCCGUUACCUUGGUGACGGGGAGAGCAACUGUGAGUGGCGGCUGCUCUACGUCGUCCUGUCCAGCUUCUCGCUCAUCGUCUGCAUCCUGUCGCUCGGCUGGACGCUCAUCUGCUGCUGCAAGAGGAGGAGACGCACCAAAGUGAGGAAGAAAACCAAGUACACCAUCCUGGACAACAUGGACGAGCAGGAGCGCGUGGAGCUGCGACCCAAAUACAGCAUCAAGCACCGCAGCACGGAGCACAACUCCAGCCUGAUGAUGUCCGAGUCGGAGCUGGACAGCGACCAGGACACCAUCUUCAGCCGGGACCGUCCCGUGCACAGCAGGAGCCGGGCCAACGCCCAGGCCGCCCGCAACGGGAACGCCUUCGGCUGACGCCAGGUGUCGGGGGGGCGGAGUCGAAUCUAAACCGCACGACAGAACCUGACACUUUGGCGACCCCGAGUGGCAGCGAGACACCUCAUCUUUGUAAAGCCUGUAGGACUUCAUUACCCAGAAACCCCCUGUGGUGAGGUCAGUGAAGUAAACGUCUUCUUGGUGUGUGUUUGCUCGCGCUCGCUCAGCCGUUCAGGAGACACUCUUGUUUUUCGUGUUCAUUGGUAUCGGUCACUUCCUGUUUGGAGAGGAUCUCCAGCCAAUCAGCUCGCAGGGAUGAGCUCAUCAGUUUGGCUGAGGGACGGCGGGACGGACUCAGGAAGCAGGACGCCGACAAAACGCAGUGAAAACGGCCUUGAGGGCUUUUUACUCACCGGACUGAGACGUGUUGUUCUGACUGGAGACGGUGAAGACACGCGUGGACAAACCUCCAGCGUCCUCGCCCUGCAGAUUUACCUCAGCUGCAUUUUGAAAAACACCUCAGACGGUCAGAGCUGCUGGCAGACUGUUGGAGCGCUUCGAGAAUAAAGAGAAGCCAGGAGACUUCCACCGCCUGAGGUCCUCAGAGGUCAGCGCUCCAGACGGCUGCUGGUCGGGAUAACUGGCUUUGUUUAGGAUAGAAUCACCUUUUUCCGACGUCCCCAGACUGAGACCAGAUGUUGGACACCAUCUCCA